GUUGAUUAUCAAGCAGCUCACCACCCCCGGAGCUCAUCGCAACUUGUGCAAGCUUGACGAAAGUACGCGUUCUCGAGUACGAAAGUGCAACCGCAGUUGCUGCACCCCACAAACUGCACCCUUUCUUCUUUCUUCUUUUCAUUCAUCAUCUUCUACGGUCCUGAUUGCGCAUUCCCCGCCAAGGACGUGGAGGUUACGACUUCUUUUCCCGCCGGUCACGACAUCCCACGGCCAUUCUACAUCAUUCGUAGCAAGCUUCAUUUGGUAGCCACCACAUCGCAUUCAACAUGAGCGUCGUCUACGAACCCCGGACGUUCAUGCACGAUGGGUCCUACCCUCCGAUCGGCGACCCGGACCACGACCACAACGUCGACCCGACAGCACAGUACCAAGCGACCGACGUCCCAGACCUUGCGUCCUACAACCCGACAGCUUCGAUGCUCGGAGAUGAUCGGUCUCUGAUGCCGGAUGGUCUCGACGAUGGUUCCGUGGGUGUUCCUGAUGCUACGCGACUCGAUCUCUCCGCCCCCUCGACCCUCGCCUCUCUCCCCUCUCAACUUCCCGCGCUACCCGAACCUCUGCCGUCAAACAACAAGGACGAGGGCGAAGCCUCAACACCAUCUUCGAGGGUUAAGUGUAUAGCCAAACCCGAACGCGAAGUUACAAAACAGCCCGACGGAAAGUUCUACUGUACUUUCCCGGGAUGCACGGAAGAGACGCAAGUUUUCACACGGAAGUGCGAAUGGAGCAAGCACAUGGACAAACACGAGCGACCCUACCGAUGCGCCGCCGAAGGCUGCGAAAAGCUCCCGGGCUUUACAUACUCGGGCGGUCUCCUCCGCCACGAGCGCGAGGUCCACGGCAAGCACGGUGGCCCGAAGAACACAGUCAACUGCCCGCACCCAAACUGCAAGCGCCAUACAGGCAAGGGCUUCUCGCGCCAGGAGAACUUGAACGAGCACCUUCGACGGGUCCACACAAGCGACGGCUCCAGCACUGUCCAGGAAGACGUUCAGACGGGCAGCGACGGUGACAGCGAAAAGGCUGGCGUCUUCGGCGCGGGGAACAAGCGGAAGCGCUCGAGGAAGAGCUCCGACGCGGGGCUUGACGAGCUGCGCGAGGAGAUCAAGCGCGUGCGUCAGGAGAACGAAGAGCUGCGUCAGCAGCUCGACAGGCAGGGCCAGCACAGCUUUGCCAUGAUGACGCAGAUUGCAGAGCUGCAGGACGCGCUGCGCACGAAUCUCGACGGCACCGGCCUGGGUGCGCCUACGGCCACGAUGUUGUGACAAUCAGAGUCAACGCCUGCGCCCCCGCCCGAAAGCGACAGCUUUCUCUCGAACUUCCCGUUACGGCGUUACGACAACAUUUCACCCUAGACAUCUCCGGUGGUCGCGAAGACUCGCUCCAGGCUGCCACAAUCUCCACCACUCCAAAACCCAUCGCCCCCAAUCCGCUUACGCAUACGCAUACGCACCACGCCACCCAUCAUACAACGUACACAAUCUGCUCACGAAGCACGCAUCAACGAGGCGUUCCGGGGGCCAGAAGCGCUUUUCAUGAUCCAUACCUCAUCUCUACCUUUCUACUCUCCUCCUUUUCCUUAUUAUGUUCCCUAGGCGUGUGGCCACACGCCCCGUGUAUAAGUCUGGCACAACGUGGGUAAUUCUACAAGACAAGGAACCGGCGUUUUCUACGGCAAUCAUUCGUGGGAGGGUGUUGCGAUUUUUUGUUUUCAUUUUCACCGGUGGCGAAGCAAAGAACGAUGACGACUUACUUUUUUGAUAUCCCACUCUCACAAUUCCCUUUCUCCUAAUCCCAUCUCUUCCUCUUCCUCACUUGGAGCGUGAAACAAAUCAGGAGGGUGAGGUAGAAAAGAAGGGGGGAAAGAGAGAAAUACCACACCUUUUCCAGAAUCCCCCCUCCUAUUGCAAUGGCAGCAAAUGGUAGAUUGUACAUUUCCCCUCGUCCUUGCCCCCUCAACUCAUGGCUUCAAACUUGUUGCUCAACACAACUUUGUAAUUGUAUUGUUAUUGUAUUUUGUCUGGCCUUUUUAACAUGUAGUAACAUAGACCUGAGGAGAUGGGAUAACUUUUGCUCAUGAAGAAAAAAAGAAAUGAAAAAAAGGCAGACAUCCCCUCCCAGACACCCAAAUCAACAAACCCUCCUCUUCUCUCUCUUAUUUUUACUGACAUCCGUGAACAUUUCUGUGACUUUUCUUUCUUUCCCUUUUUUUUUUUUUUUUUUUGUGCUUUUGCGGUAGCACUUUUCGUACAUCAGUUUUCUUCAGACUUAAUCUAUGCGGCUCCAGAAGUCUUGGCUGAACACCCCCAUUGCUUACACUUACAGUCUCUUCUCCCCCCCCCCCCCCCCUGCCCCUGGGGAGUAUAUGAGAUGACGUACCCUCGAGGUGCUUUACGCGUCCAUCGCCGACAUGGGAACGCCCGGAUACGCGUCGUCACAUGCGGUUUUGCCUGAGGCCAACUGCCUAUCCUGCGC